CCUGUGGGCCCUCUAAUAUGCAUGUACUUGGUAGUGUGUAUAUAAAUGAGACAGUGUCAGCAAAGAAGACCUAGCUAGCUAAGGCCACCUCCACCAUGCACAGCUAAGACCUUCACAUAUUGUCAUCAUCACACUCACUGUCUUCUUUUUUUGAUUUGUAAAACAGAACCCACUUCCUUUUAUAAAGAGAUAAACCCCAAUCUCCCCAAGAACAAAAAUAACCAAGAAACCAGUCGUCGGCCAUGGCUUUCAUUUUCAAGAACCUCUCUUUAUCAUCCUCCGUUUUCUACUACGCCAUCCCCCUCUUAUUUUCUUAUCUCUUCAUUGUUUCCCACUCCCAGUACUUGACCAAUCCGACGCCGUUUUCCUCCAUUAAUGCUACUACCAGUAACGUCUCCGCCGGGGGGCAGUGGGUUCUUCUCCACAAAAGUAUCGGAGUCUCGGCAAUGCACAUGCAACUCCUCAAGAACGACAAAGUCAUCCUCUUCGACCGUACGGACAUGGGCCUCUCCAACUUCUCCUUCCCCUCCGGCACCGGCUGCCGCAAGUACAACGACACCCACCACCGCAACAGAACCAUCACAGACUGCACCGCCCACUCCCUCCAAUACGACGUCAUUUCCGGUAAUAUCCGCCCCCUCUACGUCAGCUCCGACACGUGGUGCUCCUCUGGCGCAUUGGACCCCAACGGCACCCUCAUUCAGACUGGCGGGUACGGCCCGGGCAUCCGAAAAAUCCGCACAGUCGCCCCUUGCGACGACGGAAAAUGCGAGUGGACCGAGCUCCCGGUCAACCUUGCCGACGGCCGCUGGUACGCCUCCACGCAAAUCUUGCCCGACGGACGCGUCAUCGUCGUCGGAGGGCGGAGAGCUUUCUCCUACGAGUUCUACCCCAAGACUGACGACGUGUCGUCCAAGAGAUACUACCUCAGCUUCUUGGCAGAGACCACCGACCCUUACGAGGAGAACAAUCUUUAUCCCUUCUUGCAUCUCUUGCCGGACGGCAACCUCUUCAUCUUCGCCAAUAACCGGUCAAUCUUGCUUGACUAUAAGCAGAACCGGGUCGUCAAGGAGUUACCGGUUAUACCCGAUGGCAUCAAGCGGACCUACCCGAGCACCGGGUCCUCGGUGCUCCUCCCGCUAAAAAUGAACGGGUCUUUAGACGGGUCGGAUAAACCCGAAGCCGAGGUGCUGAUAUGCGGCGGGUCGCCACCCGGUGCGUUUAACAUGUCGAAUUUGAACCGAGUCUUCGUCAGCGCCUCCAACAGCUGCGGUCGGAUCAAGUUGACCGACCCGGAUCCGAAAUGGGUCAUGGAGGAAAUGCCCAUGCCACGUGUCAUGUCCGACAUGCUUCUCCUUCCUACGGGCGACGUCAUCAUCCUCAACGGAGCGUCAAACGGAACGGCAGGGUGGGAAGACGCGGCGAACCCGGUCUUCAACCCGGUUUUGUAUAAAACCUACGAGCCCGACCCGAAUCUCAGAUUCGUUGUGCUUAACCCGUCCAGCACUCCCAGAAUGUACCACUCGUCCGCUUUGCUUUUGCCAGAUGGCAGUAUCCUAGUGGGCGGGAGCAACCCGCACGAGAUGUACAAUUUCACGGCGAGACCCUUCCCAACCGACCUCAGCCUGGAGGCCUAUCAGCCGCCGUACCUGGGCCCGCUCUUGGCAGUAUUGCGUCCUUCGAUCUUGACCAUCGAAGCGAGGGACAGCAUCGUAUCGUACGGUCAGAUGUUUUCUGUUACGUUUAUGUUAUCCGUGUACCGGGCCGAUCCCGGGAUUUCAGUGGUCCUCAUAACGCCGUCGUUUACGACUCACUCCUUCUCCAUGAAUCAGAGGAUGGUGGUUUUGGACGUGGCGCGCUUGGAGAACUUGUCCGCGUUUGCUUACAAGAUUGCGGCGUAUGGCCCACCGAAGACCACGGUGGCCCCACCGGGAUACUACAUGCUUUUUCUUGUCCACGCUGGCACUCCCAGCCACGCUGUGUGGGUGAAGGUGCAGUAAUUUGGAUUUGGUGUUAGGACUUUUAGGAAUUCUUUGGGGCAUAGAUUACCAAAUUUUGAAUGAAAUUUUUUAAAAUUUCUUUUAUUUUAUUUGUUAAGAAUUGUAAUGAUCACAGUAAUGCUAAUGAGACUGAUGGUGAACGAGAGAAAUGGAAUCAGUUAAAGAAUUAUCGUGUGAAUUGACUGAGAAUUUCUGUGGGAUUUAAUUACAUUAAUUAUAAACAGUAAUAAUGUAGUCAGUUAAGAAUUUUUUUGACCAGCUCAACGUUAUCGCGUGACCAAACGAAUUGAUCUUCACAUCCAGGUUUUUAAUUGGUCAAGCAACAACUAUGUACUGGAAAGCAUUAAAACAGGGUUUAUUUACCCCUGGGUAAUUAGCAAUCUAAACAUUACUAUCUUUUCUAUUUUUUACUUUCUUUUUUAACGAAGCGGUAU